CGGCAAGCCGCAUGAUGACUUAGGUGUGUUGGUGGAAAUUCGUGUGCAUCAAAUUCUGGCUCUUGAAAAUUAGUGGACACCGACUUUCCAGUGAUCUAGGUUUCCUGAGCCGCCUCCACUAACAAUCAUGUUCUCGUGGAGCGGUGGCAAUAACUUCGGCGUUCUGCUGGAGAGAGCCACCAGCACCCAGCUUCUCGAGCCGGAUUGGAUGGUGAUCAUAGAAAUGUGUGAUUCGAUUCGAUCAGGAGAAUCUGACCCAAAAGUCGCGUUGGCCCUGGUGAAGAAGAAGCUCACUUCGAAAAACCCCAAUGUGACGAUGCUCGCGCUUCACUGUCUCGAAUCGAUGGUGAAAAAUUGCGGUCAUCCAAUCCACAAGGAAGUAGCCACUCAAGCGUUCAUGGAGGAUUUCAGAGGUCUUUUGAGACUUCACGAGUCUGAAGUCGUUCGCGACAAAAUACUCGAGCUCAUCCAAACGUGGGCACACGCGUUCCGCAAAGAACCCGCCUAUCGCGCAGUGCAAGACCUGAUGACGUUCAUGCGUGUCGAGGGCGUAAAAUUCCCGCAACUAAAGGAGAGCGACGCCAUGUUCGCGGCACAAGUUCCCCCUGAAUGGGAAGACUCGGAUUGUUGUCAUCUAUGCAGGACACAAUUCACGACGUUCAACAGAAAACAUCACUGUCGGAAAUGCGGCCAGGUGUUCUGCGCGAAAUGCUCGAGUCAAACGUCUGCUCUGCCGAAAUUGGGAAUCGAGAAGAAGGUCCGAGUUUGUGAUACCUGUUUCCUGGAAGUGAAUCCCGAGAGCAGCUCUCACUCGAGUCCAGAGCAGGCGGCCAAAGAAGCCAAGUUGAAAGAGGACAAACUGCGUGAAGAAGAGGAGUUUCAGCUCGCGCUCGCUCUAUCGCAGAGUGAAGCGGAAUUCAAAAGUCAGAAAACUUACGGAAACUAUAGCAGCUCUACGUAUGAGAGCGAGUCGCGGGCUGAGGACCGCGGACCGAGCUUGUCGGGAGCUCAAGCAGGAAGCCGGUAUCCUCCGCCAGAAUCUAUCGAAGCUAACGCGCCUACGCGCAGCGAGUGUGGUUCUACGACGGGAUCGACGGAAUCUGAGCUGACACAUUAUCUCGAUCGGAAAUAUUGGGAUGAGAGAAGUAAUCGAGUGGGCGACACCGACACGCCGAAGCAUACAGUGAAGCCCCUCGAUGCGUUGCCCCAGUCAACAGAAAGCGAUGAUCAGUUUGAGCAGCUCCUGGAAAAGAGUUUGGACAACUUCGUGAACCGAUUGCGUUCGAACGAAAUGCGCGGAAGACCGAUUGCCAACGACACGUACCUACAGUCCCUCUUCAUGCAGAUCUCCUCGCUACAUGCGAGGUUGCUUCAGGCCGUUCAGGAAACGGACGACCAGCGAGCUUACUACGAGGGACUCCAAGACAAAAUGCAACAGAUUCGGGACGCGAGAGCGGCCUUGGAUGCGCUGCGGGAGGAACAUCGUGAGGAGGAGCGUAAACGACAGGAAGAAGCGGAAAGAACAAGACAGCUCCAGAUGGCGCAUAAACUAGAGAUCAUGCGUCAGAGAAAACACGAAUACCUCCAGUACCAACAUCAAAUGGCCAUGAUGAAAAUGCAAGAGCAGGAAAUGCAAUACCGGACGGGCGGAGUGCCUGCCAUGCUCCCGCCCAUGGGCAUGCUCCCCCAGCAACUGCCCGGUCAGCCCCCGAUGUACAACCCUCAAGCCCAGUAUCCCCCCGGUGUGACGAUGCUUCCUCCAGGAGCCCUGCCGCCCGGAGCCAUGCCCCAAGGAGCGCUCCCGCCUGGAGCGAUCCCCGCUGGGGCUAUCCCACCAGGAGCGAUGCCCCAAGGUCCCAUUAUGCAGGGCCUCCCGCCGGGUCAAGCUUAUCCUCCUCCUCCACAGCAACAGCAGCAGCAACAACAACCCCCCAUGUCCCCGCCUCAUACCAUAGCCGGACCCCAGGUCACACAAUAUUACGCACCGAAUCACAUGCAUCAGAACUAUGGGCCGCCCCAACAAGUGCCAUCGCAACCUGAACAUCACCAGCCCCAACAGCAGGUCGUGAAUCACGCCCCUCAACAGAUGCAAGGUCCGGUCGACCACGAUCCCCAACAGUUGCAGCAGCAGGUUUUACCGCAAGUGAAUCAGCAAAUCUCCAAUCAUCAGCCGGCCCACGGUCAUGUCCCGCAGCAAGUUCACGGACCAGGACAACCAGCUUUCGAGCCGUAUGGAGUCAACCAAAUGUUGGCGUCCAUGCCAACGGUCCCACAAACGCCUCUACCGCAGCCGUGCGCACCGCCUCAGACACCCACGCCGAACCAUCAGGAGGUUCUGAAUCUCCCGGCUGUGCCGACUCAUGAACCCGGACCGGCCGUCGUUCAUCCGCCAGAGGCUCAACUUAUAUCUUUUGAUUGA